UGUUGCUGGAAGCAAAAGCACCAUGUCUUCUUAUCUCUCCGUCAGAUCAAAAUUGAAAGGAUCUGAGGGUUUAAAUUAUCUUUUCCCAUGGUGCUCUCCCACCUUGGCCAUACAACAUACGUAACAGGGUGUAUAAUAAAAUCCGCCUCUUCUCAAAGACCGCUUCAAAUCAGCUGUGCAACGAACCUCACCCUCUUUCGCUACACUUUUAAUUUAAAUGCAUGUUUUGGCAUUCUAGAAUAGUCCAAUAACUAUAGUUGCACUUGCUUUUGUUUUCUCACCAACUUCCCAACUAACUAAACUCUUCAGUAAAUACAAAACCUUCGGAACUCUCAGCCUCACCCCAAAUCAAAAAUAGGGAAAAAAAUAAUUUUAUCUAUUUCAUCCCAUUACUGAAAAAUUUUGUCUACAAUUUAGCACAAUUAGAGUACCCUUUUGGAAAUUGGGGUUUGCCAAAGACUGAAUUUUGGGCCUAAUUGGUUGAGGUUUAUAGUUUUAUAGGUUUUGGCGGCUGAAACCCUGUUCGGGAUAUUCAGUUAUUCGGCUUACUGUCAGUGGCUAUGGCUGCAAAUGAAGAUGCUGCCCAUGAAUUUGCACCAAAGAAGAAGCCACCUUCAGAGGAUGAGAAGAGGAAGAAGAAAAUUGUGCCCGGGAGUUUGAUGAAAGCUUUGAUGAGGCCUGGUGGGGGUGAUGCUGGACCUUCUGAUGGUGACCAGAUUAUCUAUCACUGCACGAUUCGAACUUUGGAUGGAGUACUUGUGGAGUCUACCAGAUCUGAUUAUGGAGGCAAGGGCAUCCCAAUAAGACAUGUUUUGGGCAAAAGCAAGAUGUUAUUGGGAUUGCUAGAAGGAAUUCCAUCAAUGUUGAAGGGCGAAGUGGCAAUGUUCAAGAUGAAGCCUCAGUUGCAUUAUGGUGAGGAUGAUUGCCCUGUUUCUGCUCCUGAUGGUUUUCCUAAAGAUGAUGAUCUUCAUUUCGAAAUUGAGCUGAUAGAAUUUUUCAAAGCCAAGGUUGUUACUGAUGACUUGGGAGUUGUAAAAAAGGUAGUACGUGAAGGGCAGGGCUGGGAAUCUCCAAGAGAACCUUAUGAAGUGAAGGCUUGGAUUUCAGCAAAGACAGUUACUGGGAAAUUGAUCAUGUCACAUACAGAAGGAGAACCAUACUUCUUUACAUUUGGAAAAUCAGAGGUACCUAAAGGCCUUGAAAUGGCGAUAGGAACAAUGGUUCGGGAAGAGAAGGCUGUUAUAUAUGUCACCAGUCAGUAUUUAACUGAGUCUCCUCUCAUGCCUGUAAUAGAAGGUUAUGAUGAAGUUCAUUUUGAAGUGGAGCUGGUUCACUUUAUUCAGGUGAGGGACAUGCUUGGAGAUGGGCGCCUAAUAAAAUGCCGAAUUCAUGAUGGGAAAGGUGAUUUUCCAAUGGACUGUCCCCUUCAUGACAGUCUGCUUCGUGUUCAUUACAAGGGUACUGUUCUCAAUGAAGAAAAGAGGGUAUUCUAUGAUACAAGGGUAGACAAUGAUGGUCAGCCAUUGGAGUUCUAUUCUGGAGAAGGGCUUGUGCCAGAGGGAUUUGAAAUGAGUGUUCGUCUGAUGCUUCCUGGAGAGAUAGCUCUUGUCACAUGCCCUCCUGACUAUGCUUAUGAUAAGUUUCCAAGGCCUGUAAAUGUCCCUGAGGGUGCUCAUAUUCAGUGGGAAAUAGAGCUUCUAGGUUUUGAAACGCCAAAGGACUGGACUGGAUUGGACUUUAAAAGUAUAAUGAAUGAAGCUGAAAACAUCAGAAACACGGGUAACAGGCUGUUCAAAGAAGGAAAAUAUGAACUUGCCAAGGCAAAGUAUGAAAAGGUGCUUCGAGAAUUUAAUCAUGUUAAUCCACAAGAUGACGAAGAAGGAAAAUUUUUUGCUGACACUCGUAAUUUGCUACACCUGAAUGUUGCUGCAUGCCAUCUAAAAUUGGGAGAAUGCAGAAAGUCCAUUGAGACUUGCAAUAAGGUUUUGGAAGCAAAUCCUGCACAUGUCAAGGGUCUUUAUCGUCGUGGAAUGGCCUACAUGGCUGCUGGAGAUUUUGAAGAAGCGAGGGCUGAUUUCAAAAUGAUGAUGAAAGUGGACACGUCAACUGAAUCAGAUGCAACUGCUGCUCUUCAAAAACUGAAGCAGAAGGAGCAGGAUGUUGAGAAGAAAGCUAGGAAACAAUUUAAAGGGCUAUUUGAUAAGAAGCCUGGAGAGAUUGCGGAAGCUAAAGCUGAUGUAGAUGGAGAUCUGAUCACAAGUGAAAUCCAGAAGGACGAUGAAGUACAUGGGGACUCCGAUGGAACAAAUUCAGAGGACUCACAUGAAGCUCCACCUGAGGCACAACGAACUGGUAUUUUUGUACGUAUUGUGAUCCCUCCAUCACCUCAAAAGAAAAAAAAGAAGAAAAGUAAGUCCAGGAAGAGGGCUAAUGAGAUAGAUGUGGUUGAGGGUGCUCCUCGUGGUCAAAGGCUUCGCCUACAAACUAUUCAUUUUAGCAAUGUUGGUGUUGAUACCGGUGACGAUUUUUGUAACCUGGUGAUGACAACUCAUCCUCCCCAUCCUCAGAGGAGCUCACCAUUCCUAAGUUGUGUCUUCAAUCCACUUGUUGCCAUGAACUUGAUGCAUCGUCCUCGAUCGACAAGGAGUUAUUGGCCAAUGUUGAUCCAUGGGCAUGAGGUUGUGGAUUUUUCAGACUUAAUGGCCCGUGCCUGGUCUAUUGGCUAGUUUGAUUGGAUUGAGAAAGAGAAAUUUCUUGGAGAAGUUGAAAAUUUGAUGAAGGACCGUGCCUCAUCAGUAAAGGUUCUUAAGGGUGCUCUUAUGACCAAUGAAGAGCUCAACAAUAAGAUUGAGACAUUGCAAAGUCGGGUGAAGCUUCUUAAAGACAAGGAAAUAGGUUGGGAGCGUAAGGUGAAAGAGGCUAAGGAUUAUGCCACGCUUGCUUGGAUUGAGGUGGGGAAGCUGAAAAAGUCUUUACUUGAGAAGAACCAUAUUAUAGAUAUUGAGAGGUCGGUUGAGGUGAAAGUCGAGGGAUUUGCGUCCUUAGCUAAAGGCGAAGUCGUAGAGCAGCAUACGAAAUGGUUUGAAAAGGCUAAGAGACAUGUCAUCUUCCUUGGUUUUACUAAUGUAGUUGAUCUUGAUGUCAUUAAAGAUGUUUAUGACUGUGAAAUUAGGCCCCUUGCUGAGGUAUCACAUGGCUUCCAUGAUACGCCUGCAACUCACGUUACCAAUGUUGCUAAGCCAGAAGUGGAGGCUUUUGAGGUGCCAUCUACCCCUACCAAGACUUGUACUACGCACUCAGAGGAGAUUGGCGAAAUGAGCAAGAAGAGGAACAUGUCUUUGACAGUGAUGAGGAGGCUUAGGAUGUUUUCCUAUUGCUUGGCUACUAGUGCAUUUUUGCAUUGUUAUGUUUUAUUUAUUUUGAAAAGAUGUUGAUCCCAUGUUAUGGUAUUUUGUAAUGGAUUGAAUCUUUUGUUUGUAGUGAAGUAUUUUCUAAGUGUUGGAAA